GAUGGGGCACCCAAACUCAACAUUGCAAUUGCAGGGGGUGGUAUCGCCGGAUUUAUCACUGCCAUUGCCUUGCGUAAACACCCAGGAGUCAACGUUCAGGUCUACGAACGUGCACCGGAACUAACUGAGAUUGGCGCCAGUAUUGGACUUGGGCCUAACGGUCUGAGCUCUUUGGACAAGCUUGGAGUUGAAAAUGCUCUUACAGGCGACAUCCUGUACCGACAGAAAUCCGGGUGGCCAAUGAUCUAUCGUCAUUGGAGAACUGGAGAGAUCAUUGAUCAUGACGAGCAUCACAAUGUCAAAGACAAAAGACAUUUCACGACGCGCUACCACAGAGCUCAUCUUCACAAGGCUCUCUAUGAGAACAUUCCAAGCGAGAUUGUACAUUUUGGAAAGAAGUUGACUGACAUUACGGCGGACGCACGCCAAGGCGUAACUCUAUCAUUUGAAGAUGGCACGACUGCGAAAGCGGACAUCUGUAUUGGCUCAGAUGGUGUGCAUUCUCGCGUACGCAAGACUUUUGUACCAUCGCAUACACUUCGUUGGACCGGAUGGGUGGCGCUCCGGGCCGUCUACGAUGCCUCUUUACUGGAUGGUAUCGAUUACCCUGAAGACGCCGCUCACUGGAUUGGCCACGGACGGCAUCUUUUCCAGUCUCCCCUGGGCAAGGGUCUUUUCACUGUCGUAGGAGGAUAUCACGCGGAUCCUCACGACCCCAACGCGACAGGGCAAGGGGUCAAAUGGGAUGACCUGGGUGACGUUGAGAAGUUCAGGGAGCUUUACAAGGACUGGCACCCUGCUAUUCGUGCCUUCACACAAGCUGCUCCUUAUAUCAGGCAGUUUCCCAACUACACUGGCGACCCCCUUGAAACGUGGUCAUUCGAAAACCGAGUUGUCCUUGUUGGCGAUGCUGCCCAUGGUCACGGCGGUGCUUUUGCAGCUGGAGGAUCUCUAGCCAUCAAUGACGCCCACGCCCUGUCCCUAGCUCUUUCCCACGUCUGGCCUCCUUCAUCAAACAAGAAGCCAUCGGUGGCCGAUAUUGGAAGGAUAUUUGAGCUUUAUGAGGCGACAAGAAAGCCACAGGUGAACAAGCUUUUGGCUGCCGUUCAUAAGGCUGUUGCAGGCAAAAAGCUCAAGUUGGAGGACGGAGAGCCCGAGACAGAUGAGCAGCUUCGACAGAGGGUUCUAGAUAGGAUGGAUCCGUACUGGAUUGCUGAACAUGACGUCGUAGCGGCAUUUGAGGAGGCGGUU